AUGGUAGAGGAGAAAUCAAAUGCACGGAAAGGAGUUGGUGUAGCCAAUGUGGCUCGACAGACAUGGGAUCGCGAACACUAUGAGAAACUUGCUAAACUUCGUGCGGAUGGUCAAUUAGAAACAGAGACGACAAAAAAGGUGAUUGUAUCGUCAAAGGAAGAAUUCCAGGCUGCAAAUGAAGGAGCUGCUGGACCUGCAGGAUCAGCACGAGCCUUUUUAAAAGCUCGUAGUGCAAAAAUGUCGUUAGAAAACAGUGUCGGGACAGUCAAAGUGAUUAAGUCGGACGAGCUGAGUAAAAAUGGCGGCUAUUACUGUGAAGUCUGCGAGUGUGGUCUCAAGGACUCGGUGGCAUAUCUGGACCAUAUUAACGGCAAAAAGCAUUUACGCAAGCUUGGUUUUAGCAUGCGGGUAGAGCGCUCGACGGUAGAUCAGGUAAAGAAUCGAUUACAGAGUGCAUCGAAGCGCAAAUGGGACUUUUUGGUGACAAAGAAGGUGGAUGUUCUCGAAGAUUAUGAAAAAAAAGCUGAAAGCAGUUGA